GUUGUCAAAAGCAGCAGACGUAGCUAACCUCUUGCACGGCCAUCGGCUAUAGCUUUGUACGUGAAGUUAAGUUUGGGUAUAUUUGUUAUUAUCAGCGACAAUACUAGGGAAAUGUUUGGGUACAUCUGGCAGUAUGUCUACACGUCCUUCCUGAGAUACUGGCUGAAGUGGCUCAUCAGACAGGCUACGGGGAAAUGUGAGCUGCAGAGAAUAUGCUCCGGAUACAAGCCAGGAGCAACCAGGACGAUGAAAGCAGAGUUCUCCCUGAAGUCUUCAAAAAGCAAGGUUUUAAGAGGUGCGUUGGAGACCAAAAAGGAUGAUUUAGAACAAUGUGUGAAUCAAAUUAUGAAAGAGAAGAACGUCAAACCCCAGAAAAGUCCCAUGUUCAAGGAGAGCCUACACAUCUGUUUGUUGCAGAUAACAGGAUACAACAGUCUGUAUAUUUCUGUGGAAGACUUGAGAAAGGUAGUCUUCAGCUCAGAGAACCAAGAACAUGAGGCCAUGCUGUUGAAGCUUUGGGACCUGUUGAUGCCAACAGUCAAACUGGAGUCGAGGAUAACCAAACAGUGGGGAGACAUCGGUUUCCAAGGAGACGACCCCAAGACCGACUUCAGAGGAAUGGGGCUGCUGGGCCUAAUCAACCUUGUUUUUUUCAGUGAAAACUACACAGAGGAAGCGCGUCAGGUUUUGUCUCAUGCAAACCAUCCUAAACUUGGGUAUUCAUAUGCUAUAGUUGGGAUCAACUUGACAGAAAUGGCGUACAGCCUCCUGAAGAGUGGUGCUUUGAAACCGCAUUUCUACAAUACAGUACUCGGCACACCUGAGCUCAGGCACUUUCAUCAGCUAUACUGUUAUCUGGCGUAUGAAUUUGAUAAAUUCUGGGUGGCAGAAGAACCAGAAAGCAUCAUGGAGUUCAAUCAGUACAGAGAAAAAUUCCAUAAUAUAGUCAAGACACAUCUACAGGACCCUGAUGUGUCCCUCAUACUGACUGACACACUCGCUAAAAACUAAUAUUGUUCAGGAAUAAUAUCCCCUGACCUCUCUGUGACCCCCUGAUGUUGUUUGAUCAGGUAGAAGGAAGCAGCGCUGCUCGCCAAACACAAACGAGCUGAUCGAAUCCCUCAUGUUCCUCAAAAAUUCAAACCGAUAAACGUUCUUGUAUUUGGUUUUGUGAUACAUUAGCCAUGCUCAGUUCAUGUUGUCACAGUGAUACUGAAGGGGAAACUAAAAUAUAGCACAAAUCUACCACCCUAUACCUCAAAUAUCACCAUUCCAGUGGUUAAUUGUCCUUCAAUAAAGGGGAAACUAGAGCUGUAAGCGAGGACGGGUCUGAGUGUUAAGCACUUUCAGUCAGCAAGCAGCCAAAUUGUUGCAGUUUAAAGGCAGUUGUAGAAAAGUGGGUGAUUAACCACGGUACUUUUAGCUGUCUUGUUUGUAUUUAUGUAAAUGAGGCUCAUAGUUGUCCUGCUCAGGAAUUUGAUAUUUAUGUCCAGAGACCAUGAAUUAAACUUAAUGUAAGGAGUAAUUUCCAGUUUCAGACGCUCCGUUGUGAUCAUCUUAAAAUGUGUGCUUGGUUAAUGUUUCCCCGCUGACACGAUUAAUACAGCCUGUAUUAUGUAAUAUAGGAGAUGUCAAAAUGCUUAUUUGCCUCCUUUUCCAUAUAUUUGUAUGUCUCAAGACUGAUGUUGCAUUUUCAUUACCGGUAAUUUUUUUAAAUGCUGGGAUUUGCUUUUGAGAAAGGUAUGUAAUGACUAACACA